CCUCUCCCGGAAGUUGUUACGUCCCUUGACACGCAUGAGUUUCCACGUAAGCUACUUACGCCAGAAGUGGUCGUCGUUGGUUCGUUUUCGUUCGCCACUAAACUCUGUCGUGUGUCACCGGCCGCUCUUACAAACAACAACAUAUUUACACACAUACCAACACCUGCACACGUGUAAUCACACCAGAAGAACCAGCAUUUCACAUCUGUGAUGUCAAACAUAUUCUCUCCAGUUCGUAAAUCUAUUUGUGUCAUCUCGGUAUUUAAUUUUAUUUCAUCUGUGAAUUCAAGUGAUUUUGUUGCAAGGUGUGAAUGGAUGGAGUGUUGACAAACGUCUGACAUUUACCCUAUGACUCACAUAUCACCACUGCCAGCAACCAUUUCAUCAAGAACAAACUACAUAUAAUAAUAAUUAAUAUUUUCUAUAUAAAAAGACAAAAAAAAAUUGUCAUCUGUCGCCAUCUCCACCAUAAUCACCAUUACUUAUGUGAUAUCAACUAAAAGAAGAAAACAAGACUUAUCAUAGUUACAUUUAUUUUUUGCGUACUUUUGUUGUGACAUUACCGAACACUAUCUUCGGGUUCGGGUUCGAUUGUGUCACUGUUUUAUCCAAAAGAGAAACGUAAACCAUGUUAAGAAGUCUAUCGAGCGGCAUUUAAAGUCUGAUUGUGUAAGUUCGAGAAAGAAAGAAAGAGAGGAAAAACACCGCAAAAGUGUAAGAAAAAGAACCCCCCCCCCCAAUUUUUCCCCCUAUUGAACCAACUUCCGCUUCAAAUUAGUCAUCCACAACACGACCCUUCGUUUUGUUUGUUUGUUGUUUGUUUUCCCCUCUCAGUACUGAAGCGUGUUUCUAUGUGACACUGUCAAAUAAAACAAUAAACCUUCAUAUUUAUAAUAAUAACACCCAUUAUAUUAUCACCAUUAUAACUUAAUUAGCAGUGUCACCACUCUACACGUACUUGAUUCAAGAUGAUGGAAGUAACAGAUUGUCAAAAAAUUGGUGUUGGUCUUGCUGGCUUUGGAAUAACGUUCCUCUUCUUAGGAGUUUUGUUCUUUUUUGAUAAAGGACUGCUAGCAUUUGGAAAUAUACUAUUUAUAAGUGGCUUGGGGUGUGUCAUUGGGCUGGAGAGAACUUUUCGAUUCUUCUUUCAGCGACACAAGGUGAAGGCAACUGGUUUCUUUGUAAUUGGUAUACUUAUUGUACUUAUCGGCUGGCCAGUCAUUGGCAUGUGCUUAGAAAUGUAUGGAUUCUUCUUAUUAUUUAGUGGUUUCUUCCCAGUUGCUGUAAAUUUUCUGCGUCGUGUACCUAUAAUUGGCACUGUUCUCAAUCUACCAGGAAUUAGUUCUAUUGUUAACCGACUGGGUGAAUCCAAUUCCAUGAAUAAAGUCUGAUGUCAUUUAUCUUUAGUUUGUUCCAAAUAUUUUUUUAAGAAAUGAUGUUUGAGUGGGAUGGAGGCAACAGAUAGAAGCAUUUAAAAACUAUAUGUCUUGUGAUGUCUCAUAAUGAUGAUACAGCUAUUACUAAUGAUAAUGAUGAUGACAAUAAUGAUGAUUUCUUACAUAGGUACAAGACCAGUAAUUUGGAAGGAAGGGAACUAUCAGUUAUAUCAAUCAACACUAAUACUACUUCAGUCAUUUAUCCACCCUGGACCAAUGAAAACUAAAGUUGUCCCCGAUGGGAUGUGAACUCAGGAUGUAAAGAGCUGUUACUAUAAACCACAAGACGUUUUGUCAAACUUUCAAAUGAUUCUACUAAUAAAAGAGUAAUUGUUUCUAAUGUAGGUACAAGGCCAGAAAUUUGAGGAGAGGGGUAAAUAGCUCAAAUUAGCACCAGUGUUUGACUAGUGCUUUAUUUUGUCAAUCCUAAGAGGAUGAAAGGCAAAGUUGAACUUGGAAUAUUAGAAGCUGGAAUCAAGGAACAAAACACACCUUUUGUGCAUGUCUUCCAACAAUGAAAAUUAGUCUUACGUUUCCAACAAGGAAACACAAAAAUAGUUGGGGGGGGGGGGCAUUUUCAUUCAUAUAAUUCAUAUACCAAGUUUAUUCUUUGGUUUAUAAUAAAAUUACAUUGAAAUUUAAAUAA